CGCGCUCUUAGGCCUAAAAUAUAUAAAGUGCAUUAAUCGCGUCCGUCUUUGCACUCAUAUAUAUAUAUGUACGGGUGGAAACAUUAUAGAAGCAUUAAAGAAGCAUUAUACGCAGGUGACAAGUUUUUGUUUUGGCAGAGGAUUAAAGAGCAACCCAUUCGACUCGUUCGUCUACUGUGAACUUGUUUACACGACGUCGAUUGCUUUCUUGAGCCGGACGGUCUAAAAAAUUACGAGAUUGAAGCCAUCACUUUUUAAUCUGACUGACAGAAUAGACGCGUGUCGUCCUUGUAUUGCGACCAUUGAUAGGCCUAUUACGCGAAGAGGACGGCACUUGUAAGCGGCACGCGCUCAGGCCGACAGAACGACGCCAAAUUCGACAAGCUUGACAAGUAGAGUUAGUGGGAGACAGAGAUGGAUAGAGAGAAGGAGGAGGGAAAUGAUAGACAGAGGAAAAGGGGAAAAAAGCUGCACCUGGCUAGGGUGGCGCCAGCCUCGCAUGAGAGGCGGAGCUUAAGCCUCGUUCAAAUCCUCAUUCAGCCGUUCAAGCUCUAACGAUGGCGAUGGCGGAUAAGACGAACUUGGAAAAUGAAAAAUUUGAACGGUUAGCUAUGAACUGUUCAGAAGAAGACGAAGACAUGCCGUCUUCUAGAAAUCCAAAAAAAGCCAACAAGUCAGCCGCUAUGGUUCGAAGAAAUGCAAGAGAACGAAACCGCCUUAAAAGAUUGAACAGUACAUUCGUCGCACUUCAGUCCCAUUUACCAGAACAGGCUGCUACUGCCACACCGACACAAGGAGCAGGAAAAGGGAAGCAAGCCAUGAGCAAAGUGGACAUCCUUCGAGGUGCUAUUGACUAUAUUCGUGCUUUGCAAACUCUACUUGAUGAAAAUGGUAAUCAACAACUCCCUCCUCCUCCCUCUUAUCCGUCCCCCUUCUUUUGGCCUUCAACUUAACCAAAAAAAUUGCAUAGACUAUAAGACUUCCCGCGGUCUGACACUCAGAGUGGCCAUGUCUGACUGGGAAAGCAGCAGAUGAAGUGUUCUGUAUUGAAAUCUCCGCAGAUGGUAUAACCGACGCAUCUGUCGUCUUCUCAUUCCUAAUGAAAUUGUGCCUCUCUUCCCUUCUGCAAGUUUCCUUCGAAACGAUACAUUCCUUUCUAUUUUAUAUUAUUUAGAAUGAUUAUUUUGAUAUAUCAUAUCGCAUUUUG